CAGAAAUAAAACACGUGAACAAAGAAUCACAGAACCGGCCCGCAGACCCCUUUCCCCUGCGCAGCCGGGGGCCGGGCAGUGCCGCGCUGGCCGCCCGCCCGCCCGCGCGGGGCCCUCACGGAGCUAUUUUGGAAGUGACCCCUCGGGCGGCCGGAGCGCGGGGCGGGCGCAGCCAGCCGGCGCAGCUGUCCGGAAUCAUGACUGAAGAUGACGGAUUCCGUGGUGGUGGAGGGUCACGUCAAGUUGAGAGACGGAAAAAAGUGGAAGAGCAGGUGGCUGGUGCUGCGCAAGCCCUCCCCGGUGGCAGACUGUUUGCUCAUGCUGGUGUACAAGGAUAAAUCUGAACGAGCAAAAGGGCAUAAGGAGAGGAGCAGCAUGACCUUAGAAGACAUUUGUGGCUUGGAUCCUGGGCUCUCCUAUGAGGGCCUGAAUCACACUCUCGCUAUCAUCUGUCUCUCCCAAGUUGUGAUGCUGGGAUUUGACAACAAGGAAACAAUGUACGCGUGGGAUGUACGAAUACGCUACAGUCUGGGGGAAGUUCAUAGAUUUCAAGUCUUUGUAGCCCCUGGCACAAAACUAGAGAGUGGGCCUGCUACCCUGCAUUUCUGCAAUGACAUCCUUGUCCUUGUGAAAGACCUUCCUCCCAGUGUCAUGGGGCAGUGGAAGCUCUCCGAUCUGCGUCGCUACGGAGCUGUCCCAAAUGGAUUCAUCUUCGAAGGGGGUACCAGGUGUGGCUUCUGGGCUGGUGUUUUUUUCCUCUCUUGCGCUGAAGGGGAGCAGAUCAGCUUCCUGUUCGACUGCAUCGUCCGUGGCAUCUCCCCGACCAAAGGCCCUUUUGGUUUGCGUCCAGUGCUCCCAGAUCCAAGUGCAAACCCAGCCUAUUCAGAAGAAAGAUUGGCUCAUGAAGCUUUGCAGUUAGAAAAGCGCUUGAGCUUGCUGUCCCAUACGAGUCGCCAAGGUAGUGGAGGUGACGAUAGGAGUAUUUCAAGCUCAUCUUCCGAUACCAGCCACUCGGAUGUCAGUGUUGGGAGCAGGUUGACAGUGUGGCCUGAGCAAUCUUCAGCCAGCACCUCUCAGGAGAGCCAUGGACUGGCAGCUGCAAAGAGCAUUCACCUGGGAGAAGAAAAGACCCUUCCAGAAGGGGCACGUGGCACCACUAAACCCCCUCCGAAGCCCCUCCGAUCCAGACAGCUGCAGGAAAUAGGUCGUCAGAGUUCUUCUGACAGUGGGAUAGCUACUGGCAGUCACUCUUCCUACUCUGGGAGCUUCUCUUCCUAUGCUGGGAGCUUGGACAUUUGCCAUGGUGAUGAGUUUGGAUCCUUGCUAAGCUUGCCAUUGAACUUUCCUUCAGAUCAGAGCCUAUGUACUUGUCCUCACAGUGAGUCCCAGAGAGGUGUGGGAUCAGAGUAUCAGGUUCCCAGCUCUCUCAGACAUAUUUAUGAUAUACCCAGGAGUGUGUUACAGGCAGCUUCUAAAGAAAUGCAGCUGAAGAGUGCAGAUUCCACGCUACCCAAGGACCAGGCCCUGCCUGCUCAAGGUGCCAGUGACCCAAAACUGCUACUACCACACUUGGAGGCACAGAGGGGACCUGAGCACAGCCAGCACAGGGGGAGGCCUUCAUCCUUACUCACAGAAAGCAGCAAGGACUCAAGUGAUGAGACAUAUCUGGAUUUUGUUUCAAGGUGGUCAGACACCAAACCACAAGGACAGGUGUCAGACUCCAAAAGUAGUGAGCUGUCACCACCUGGUGGGGCCUCAGCUGACCCCUGUGACACGUGUAGCCCCCACCUUGGGAUGACAAGAGCUCUUUUUUCAUCUUGUCCAAUCUGUGGUGGACUAAAGGGAACAGCAGUAUUACAGUCUGGAGUCUUACCAGCUAUAUCAGGUGGUGCUUCUGUCAUGGCAGCUUCCGGGUCUUUGAAAGUGCACAGAGGGCACAGUCUCCAAGCUGGUCCUAAAGGUGGGUAUGAGAUGCUAACACUUCCUUCAGAACCUGGAACUCCAACUAGUUCUGAGGAACUUGAAGGGGCAGUAGGUUAUUCAGCUGAUGUCCCCACACCAGAUCGACCCCACAGUGAGACAGCCACCUAUGUUAAUAUUCCUGUCAGCCCUACUUCCAAAAAACAGCUUCACUACAUGGAACUGGAGCUUCAAGAAUCUAGCACAAGCAUAAGAGGGGGUGGAUCGUCCCGAUACGCCCAGAUUGACAUUGCAGCCACCGAGACGGCGCACAAGGUGGGCACGCAGCACGCGCAGUGCCGCCAGGAGCGCCUGCAGGAGCUGGAGCAGAAGAAGAAAGGAGCCCAGCAGUGACCUGCCCGGGAGAGAACUUUGUGCUCACCACAAAUUCAUACCGAUUCACCUUCCGAAAGAUUCACACUUAUUGUAAAAAAAAACACUCGCACAAAUCUCUGCCAUUGCUUCUUGCAGUUAUACCAGAUUCAUUCCGAUGUCUUGAUUCCUAGUUGGAAAGCUGGUACCGUGAGGGGUGUGUUUGGUCUUUCCUUUUAUUUGAAUUUGGUUGUAAAGUCCAGAUUUUUUGUCAUAUGCUAUGACAGGUGUAAGUUAACUUUUUCUAUAAUUCGAAAAUCGUGGCGAACCUGGAACCAAUUUCAGUGUUUAUUAAAUGGUGGCAUUUUCUUUGAAAAUAAAGAGCUUGAAUGUGUGUAGAAAAGGGAAUGUGAGUGUGUGUGUGGUAAGUGGGCACAUAUGUUUGCAUAUGUCUG